AUGGCCGAGCCAGAGGACAUACACGCUCGCAAGCCCUCCGGUAUAAACAUAUUCGGCAUCUCUGGCAGCGGCUAUCAUCACUUAAUGCCCCACGAAAUGGCCGAUCUUCACAACCAGCCCUCGCCGGAUGCAAAAAUGGGCAGCGGCAGCAGUCCUCCCGAGACACCGCAUUCCUUUCAUAACCUGCUCGGCAGCCACCCAGCGGGGAGUUCUUCUUCAAGUCCCAGAGUCGCUGCUGAUUCUCAAGGCACGCCUGAGCCGUACUCUGAGAUUUGGGCCCCGUCUAUGCCGCGCGGUGGUGAUGAGAAGAAGAGCGAUAUGCCUAGGACCAUGGAGCGAGAAGUCAAGAGUGAGGGAGGAAAGAAACUUCCUAAGAUUGUGGAACCGAGGGGGGAUGCUAUGGAUGAUGAGUUUGAUGAUGAGAUUUUUUAUAAAAAGUUUGUCUACUCAACAGUCGGCAGUGGAAUCUGGCUCGUCACAGCAAUUCUCCAACCACGAUGGGGCCACAAAAUCGCCUCUGGCGCAUCCCUCUCACCAUCAACAGCGACGACCCUCGCAGCACUCCUAGCAAAGACCAUCGAAAUGUCCUUUGUCACCGUCUUCGUCUCAUGUCUAGGCCAAGUCCUCACCCGCAGAGCGUUUAUUCGAAAAGCCCAUGGCAUGUCACUUGCGGAAAUGACGAUGAGGAACUGGGUUAUUCAGCCUGGAUCUCUCAUUACUCACUUCGAAACACUGCCUUCUUCGUCGUUGACGCUUCUGGGGAUGUUAUCGCUUACUGCUACUAUUGCAGCUGCGUUCUACACUACUGCCUCUGAUGCGAUGGUCUCGCCAAAGUUAAAGUCUGGGAGUUGGGAGCAUAAGGAGCUCAUUGGGUAUGUGCGCGCGUCGUAUGCUAAUGCAGCUUAUGUGCGUGAGGACUGUCCCUAUCUUUUCAACAUCACUGAAGAUAUCCAUGCUGCCGAGUCUUGCAUGAAUGUUCAGUUCUCGGGUCAGUCUUACAGGAAUUUACUUAACUAUAUGAACAUGUGGACGAAUCUCAAUCAGAAUGGAACCGAAAUCUCAUCGGAUUUGAAGAAGCGACCUGGUGGAACGACACUACUCCACGAUAACACUACGCUGUACUCCUCCUGGAUCGAGACAGAACACGGCGAUGUUGAAGCGCACUUUGAGGAAACAGGGCGUAUCAUUAACAAUGUCACUCUCGCCCUUCCUCAUCCAGGUGUCUACGGCGCUUCCAAACUCAAAGUCAACGGAAUUCUUCAACCUGAUGAUCUUGCGGGAGUGGGAGAGUACACCGUUCGAGCAGGUGUUGUCUCACCAUCUGUCAAUGUUCUAUGCGUCGACAUGGAUAAAAAGGAACUUGCACCUCUUGUUUACACGACAUGGCCUAACGCCAAGGUCAACAACACUGAUAUUCCUGGUCAAAAGACAGGAUGGUCUGGUUGGACGGGUGAAGUUCCCCAACCACUUGAUGGGAAGAACAAGGACUAUUAUCUCAACCGGACUGAUGUGGAUGAUAUCUUCAGAUGGGGACCCAAGUACGAGCGUCGCCCUCCUGUCUUCCAAAUGUACCCCUUUGACUUUAACCUUCUCACCAACGCAACCGUCUAUGCUGCCGACGCUAUUUACACCCUCGGCAAAUCACCCGAGAGCAAAAACUACACCGUCUGCCAACUUCGAUCAUGGGUAUCGCCCAACUGUUCCACCGAGUUCAACAUCUCCGGUAUCGCCGGUGCCAGCAUGAAAGCUCACUGCGAGGACGACGGCGAUGAGAACGCCUAUCGACGAUCAUUCCCUUCGGACCAAGGCUGGUCUGCUCCCUCUCUUGACUGGAAGUGGCUCGCUGAUCAAUGGCGAUUGUCUAUGGAUCUAAAUGGUGGCUCUGUUAACAACAAUGCUUCCAACGCUCGUAUCCUCACUCAACUUUCCCUUCACGAACCCAAGAUGCCAGCUUCUUAUCCCUCACUCGCUGAAGCCCUCGCUGUGUAUUCCAGCUCUCUCAUCAUGAUAAGCGCCAUCGACACGCCUUUCCGUCACUACUGGGAUCAGGACCCGAAAGCAUAUCCCGAAAACCUCAUCCCAGCACCUGGUUUCCCUCAACCCUUCAACGCAUCCCUCAUCACACAAGAAUACACAUCCGGACACACCCAGUCAUGGCAGAACAUCUUUUAUGUCGUUCUCGUUCUCGUUUUCGCCAUCAAUUUAUUCUGUCUUGGCUACUUCAUCAUGCGCUCUGGACUAGUGACCGACUUCACUGAACCGCAAAACUUAUUCUCCCUGGCGAUCAACAGUCCGCCAAGCAAUUCUUUUCACGGUAGUUGUGGAGGAGGCCCUGAGAAGCGACAUCUUGUAGUCCCGUGGAAGGUUGCCUAUGCGCCGAGCGCGAACCAUUUUUUUUUCCAGGACAAUUCGCCUGGAAAGGAGACGUCUGAGGGGUUGAAACCCACUGGUGCUUCUUAUAUCCUCACUGUUGCCCAGUUUGAGCGGGAGAUCACCCAGCAUGGCGGCGAUGUUGCUUGGCGUCGAGCCCAGGUCCAGUAUGUCAUUGUUUCUUAUAACGAGGCAAAAGGUUCCGGGUUAAGGGAACAUACAGUACGAGAACUUUACGAGUACAUUGUAACUAGUAAAUGGGUCCAGCAUGCUACCAGUUUAGGCCAGCACCCAGCCUACAGGAGGUUCGUCGGCACUAAUAACAACAACCCCAAAUCACUCUACUACCCACACUUCUUUAUCGUCCAGGCUAUCUUUAUCCUAAAUGGUAGACAAGUCGGCAGUGCUGCUUACCGGAUGUACGAAGAGCUUUCAAGACAUUGGGGCAUGGCUAUCACUCCAGACGAACCUUUUUAUCCCCGUCUUGCAGACCCCGAGAGGGAGCGUCAACUGAUCUUGGGAAACAUCCCAGGAGCCCAUGUCCCAAAGUUGAGCGUCCACCUCGAAGCUGCCGCCAAGCUCUCCGCAGAAAUCCAGGACGAGGACGAGGUCAAACAACAACGCGCUAUGGAUUUUCGAAGAAUGAGAGAUGAGCUGAGGCUCGCUAAGCAAAGAAACUUGGACCUCGUACAAGAACUCCGGGAGGAGAUACAGAAUCGGCGAAACACAGAGCAGAGCAAACAGGCAUUACAAAAUCGACUUAAGCAAAAAUCAGACCAGCUACAGGAUGCGCAGACCCUUCUGCAAGAAACACAUCAUAAACUUGAUGAAUCGCGACAACUUUCUAAGGGGCUCCAAGAUCAACUGUUCCAGAUGCAGAUUUUCAUCAAGCAACAUCAGCAACUCUCUGUGCAGAUUUCGCAACUUGAAAUACAGCGUAACAAUACAAGUGUGAUGAUGCAGCAGUGCAUCAACACCACGGCUAGAUCAAGCUCUUCUCGACUCGAAGGGCCGAACGCGGCGGCCAAGCGUCCCGCUGCUGGAAGUGCAGAGGGCGAGGGAUCCAAGCGGCCUCGACAGAACUAA